CCUCGACUGCUGCCUCACCGCGGCGGCGGUUUCCCGGGCAACCAAGGAGCGACAACAAACGGAAGAUGGGACCAAGUUAACAACACGAUGAGGACGGUUUGGUAAAAUGUAGAUCAUUGGCUCUUGUUGAUUUCGUAUCCGAAACGUUUAAGAGCUUAAAUAGAAAGGUUUCACCACUACUCAUUAGCGAUAGUAAUUCUCAGUACACUCCACCGUCAUGAGCGAGGUCUGUGUCCGGGUGGCGCUCCGUAUCCGUCCCCUGCUUCCCAAAGAAGUUCUCUACAACCACCAGGCGUGUGUGCGGGUGGUGCCGGGCUCCGCACAGGUAAUGCUGGGCUCAGACCGACUCUUCUCCUUUGACCACGUGUUUGGACCAACAGCCAGCCAGGAUGAAGUGCACGAGUCCUGCGUCGAGCCCCUGGUGGAGUCACUGGUCGACGGCUACAAUGCCACCGUCUUCUGCUAUGGACAAACAGGGUCAGGGAAGACGUACACAAUAGGAGGGGGCAACCUGGAUGAAGAGGGAGGAAUUAUUGACCGUGUUGCCCAGGAUGUGUUCUUGUUGCUGGAGGAGAAGAGGAAGAACGGUGAUGGUGUGGAAGCCACAGUGCGGGUCUCGUAUAUGGAGCUGUACAGGGAGGAACUGCGAGACCUGCUGGAGCUGCACACCAAUCACAAAGAGCUUCAUAUCAGAGAGGAUGAGAGGGGGAAUACAGUGGUGGUGGGAGCCAAAGAGAUGGUUGUCACCUCAGCAGAGGAGCUACUAAGUGUUCUAGAGACGGGCAAUGCCCUCCGCCACACUGGCACCACAGGGAUGAACGAGCACUCCAGCCGCUCUCACGCCAUCCUCACUCUACAGCUUAUCCAGUGUUGCCACAGCAACAACUCCUCCUUAAAGUCUGUCCGCUCUUCCAAACUCUGUCUGGUUGACCUAGCGGGCUCGGAGCGUGCUGGAAAAACUGGAAACAGUGGGACGCGGAUCAAAGAGUCUAUUCAUAUCAACACAGGCCUGCUCGCACUGGGCAACGUCAUCCGCGCCCUCUCGGAACCCGGUCGAAAUCGCCGUGGUAACAAUUGCAACAGUGCACACAUUCCAUACCGGGAUGCCAAGAUCACCCGUCUCCUCCGUGACUCAUUGGGAGGCACCGCCCAUACGCUGAUGGUGGCAUGUGUGAGCCCCUCUCACCACAGUGUGGCCGAGACUCUGAGCGUCCUGCAGUUUGCAUCCAAGGCUCGUCACAUUCGUAACCGUCCUAGAACUUCUCAUACAGAUGUUAAAUCAUCUCCUACCACCUGGGACCCUGGUGAGGCUCGACUGGGCGAGCUUGAGUAUGAAGUGCAGACACUGAGAGAGCUACUGAAAGAGAAGGAGAUAGAGAUAGAGAGGCAGAGGACAUCUGAAAGAGCCGGAGAGGGGGACAGCUUUAAACAGCCCAGUCAGAUGAGGAUGUCUGAUCCAGAUAAGAAGGUGAAUCAAGAGGAAACAUCACAGUACCGCAUCCUGGCACAGGAAGCGGCUGCCCUGCUUGCAGAUAUCUCUGGCCCCACUCCAAGUCAUUGCUUCAGGCAGCGGCUGCAGGGUUGGCAGGAGAGACUGACGGCUGUCAAUCAAUCACAUCAAGCUGAUGAGAAGGACUGGCCAGAGGGGGGUGAAGAUCAGCCCCAGCUUGUCACCAUAUUAAAGCUCAGCGAAGAACUCAACACAUGCAAGGAAGCUCUCGCCAUAGAGGAACAGCUAUUGGAGCAGAAAAAUGCAGAGCUGAGACAGGUCCAAAAGAAAGUUGAGAAAUUUCUUCAAGAGAGCAAAACCCACCUUCAGGCCAUGGAGAAAGAAAAGGAACGUACUCGUAUACAGACUGAACAACUUGUGGACCAGCAGAUCCUCAUCAAUCGUCUUCGCAGCGACCUCAUGACCUUUAUGGGUGCAGCCUCAGGGGGAUCUGUGGAAACAGGGGCUUCUGGGAACUCAGGCAAAAGACCCCACAGUGUCCCUCUGAUCAGACAAAGCUGUGGACACGGACUUCCCAGGAGGAUUCACUCCAGUCCCCCGGCCUAUUCACUGGAGAGGGUGAUGGCAGCCUUUAAGAUGCGCAGUCAUCUCCUGCUGGCUGAGAUUGAGGACAAGGAAGAGGUGUACUGUCCAUUCAUAAAACAACAGGCAGAGAGCAAAGACAGGGAGCAAGAGAAUGAGGAGGAGGAGGAUACCUUUGUGGGCAGAAUGGGAUUUAGGCGUUCUUUAAAUCGAACGUGGACCAGCCAGCUGAAGAAAUCAGUCCUGAAAGAGAAGAUCUCCGGACUAGACCAAACAUUUAAUGGAAGUCCAUUAGUACAACAGCCUCAGCGAGUCACAGCGAACAAGGAAGACCACACCAGGCAAAGCAAAAUGAGGAAUGUGCGACUAAGAGCCAGCGUUACUCAGAGAAGGAUCCGAGAACUGUCAGUCAACAUGCGCAUGAAAGAGGAGCUCAUCAAAGAGCUUGACAAAACUGACAAGGAGACCCAAGCAGCGGACAGAAAAGGCGGGCACAAUGGUGAAGGCAGAGAAGUCAGCGUGUUGGCGAGACUUUCCAUACAGAGUCAGCAGGUCCGAGCAGAGGUGUACCACAGCCUGCAGCACAUGAGACUGCAGAGAACACAGCUUCAGAGCAGCCUCAGGCAGCAUAGAGAGACCAACAACAACAAAGAACUUCAACAAAAUGGGGAGCAGAGGGCAGGAGAUUUGACUGUGUGCAAAAGCAAUCAGCAGGAAGAGUUAAAGGAAAAGCUGCUUGACAGUGGUUGGCUGGAGGAGGAGGAGCAGUCGCUUCAGAAGAGAGCGGAACUGCAGGAGCUGGAGGAGGAGCUGUGGAGGAGAGAGGAGGUGCUCCUGCGCAGAGAGGCCUGUCUGCAACAGAAAAACAAACUGGAGAUCAAGAUGCUACGCUCCAGCAAGGCUCUGAGUCAGGACCUGCUGCGUGUCUCGGUGCGGUUGGAGUCUCUGGAGGAGCAGCUGGAGAGCGGUAGCAGUGUGAGGCAGACUGGAGGAGUCACCAUGGAGGAACUGGAGAAAGAGAGAGACACACUUAAAAAGAGGAGAGACACUCUGGACGGCCAGCUGAAGGACAACAGAGUGCUCACUGUGGAGGAGGAGCAUUCCCUGCUUCAGCUGGAGGAAGCUAUUGAAGCUCUGGAAGCAGCUCUGGAGUUUAAAAACCACUCCAUCCAGGACAGACAAAAGAAGUUGCAAAUCACAGACUCCUCUUCACAUCAGUCACAAAGCACUGAACCCGCCCAGCUCUGUGAUGUCAUCAUGAAGCUGAAGGAGCUCUCACCACCUGAGGCUUCGGAGCUGCUCGUCAGAUAUUUUAACAAGGUUGUUUGUCUUCGUGAGGCGGAGCGGCAUUUGCGGUUACAUUGUGAAGAGCUGGAGCUUCAUGCUGGAGAGCAAGAGGUGGUGCUGAGGCAGAUGGAGGUCGCCAUGCAGCGCCUGGCCCUGGAUGCAGACCGCAGGUUAACCCACCAGCACCAAGAUCACCAGAACAACAUGCAGCUACUGCUGCAGAAACUUAAAGAGGGUGGUUCAGGAGAGGCACAGCAAGCUAUCGAAGGCAGACUGCAGCAUCUGGAGAAAGAGUUGUUUUUCUACAAAAGCUCCAGCCGGCAGCUUAAAAAGAAACUCAAAGAGCUUCUAAGUGACUCACUACAUCCCAUCGAGCAGCCUUCAAACACAGAGGAGCAAAGACAAAAACACAAUGUGCAGUUACACGCAAGUGCAAACGAACCCCAGUUGAACCCUGAAGAGGUACAGACAAGGACACAUAUUGCAACAACAUACACAAAGAUAAACACUGAGCAAACAGACAAAAACACACAUAACGUUUCUCAUAUGAAGAGACAUGAACAUCAAACCCCCUGUCCAUCCUCUUCUUCUGACCUCCAAGCAAGCAAAAUUACAAAAAUGCCUGAAUAUAACCAGGCACACACACAGUCCCAGUUGAGGAGUGAAAGAGGUGGCGCUCACUCCGGGGAAAGUUUAGAGAUGACACCAGUCCGCAUGUGUCGCAGAGAGCUGAGACAGAUCUCUCCAGCUGACCUGCAGGUUUGUAGUUCUGCCACAAGGAGGCGACAGUCUGUUGUGGAUAACAGUACAGAGUCAAUAUUAGAGGACUCCAUAGAAAUGUCCAGAAACACUGACAGAUGAUGUUAUCAUGGUACCGAGGAUUCACUAUGCAGCAGCCGUGUGUACAUCAGAUUCCAGUUGGGUGCUGGUAAAACAAAGGAAAAUAUGUGUCAUGAAUAACCAAUGACAAAAACUCAUUGAAUAUCAAGGAAACAUCCCCUCAUCUUUAGCAUCUUGUAAAAAUGUUCACGUAUUGUUUGUUGGAAAAUACUUAAUUUAAGGACUUUGUAGGGCUUUGAGGUGAGUGAGAAGCACCUAUAAGCCCAUUCAAUCGCUUCAUAUAUAUUCAUAAAUACUGGUAUAUGAUACAUAUUCAUAUUUUACUAAAAGAAAAUUAGAAGAGUGUGAGUUAAGUUGAACAGGUUUUGUUCUCAGCUUUGCUUUAUAAACAUGCCGAUAGUGCUGUUGAUGUUAUACCCCAAUUAGGGAAACCACGAAGAACGAUAACUGCAGAGUUUAUGACCAGAGUAGAAAAAAAAGACUGAAAUGUCUUUAGUGUGAGCCAGUUGUCGUGGCUUUGUCCUCCUAUUUAUCCGUUUUCCCUGGUGGUCACAGAUUCCCCACAUCCUGGCUCUGCUGUAUGUUGUACAGUUUUGCCUUUCAAUAAGAGAAGAAAGGCCAGUGUUGUCAUGACAACAGAAUAACCCUGAUAAAUGACACACAGAGAUAGACAUUUCCAAUAACUUGACAGUGAUUUUACACUUUAAAAUAGGGUGAAACUGUUUGUCUCAGCUCGUGCCACACCCAAAUACAACAGUGCACCUUACAUUUUCUAUUGGAUCUUAAGUUUUAAUCUCUUGUCCUUGAUAAAGACAUAAAACAUGUUUGAAAACCUUAUGGUCAUUGUGUGACAAUAGGGUAUUUAAUGCAAAAAGUAGCACUUUACUGGUUUAAAAAAAUAUAUGUUAUUUAUGUGGCCCCACCACCAACUGCAUCCACACAAUUGAUAAUCCCUUUUUACAAAUACUAUUAAAAAGAAUAAAACAUGUCAGUCAAAUAGUGCCUUCUGAAGAGAAUUUCUUUGUCUUUUCACCUUUUAAGCAAUUCUUAGCACCGUUUUCUGCACUACAAAAUGAAAUGAAAUGUUAUUUAUGCAAUAAAUGUUUUGCUUUUGAUGUUGA